AUGGCACAAGUUGAAGAUAUCAAUAUAAAAUUAUUCUCUUUUGGCCAUUCGUUUGGUGUUCCAAUAGAUGUUGAUUUAUUAUUUUCAAUACGUCAUCUACCAGUUACUAACGUGGAGAACUACCAGCAAUAUGAUGGACGACAUCAACGGAUACAAAAUGAAUUAUUACAUUUAGCAGAAUACGAAGGUUUUCUUGAAACGAUUAUUGAACAAUUGAAGAACUUUAUUAAUGAACAUAACAAAAACUCUAUAACAAUAGCUGUUGGAUGUGAACAAGGACGACAUCGUUGUGAUUUAGAAACAUCAACGAUUGGUCUGAAAGUUGGAACAGUAAUCUGCCAGGUUGAUUAUUCCGAAAAUUUUACGUUAGUAAAUCAAGACCAAAUACAAUCGGCACAUUGGUCAAAUCAACAAGUUUCCGUAUUUACAGCUUAUGCUUGGAUGAGCAACAGUGGUGGAGAAGGUUAUUCGUUCGGUUUUGUAGCUGACUCGGCUAAACAUGAUAAAUAUUGUGCUAUUACCUGUUUGGAAAAUCUUGUUGAAGAAAUUAUCAACAUUAUGUCAGACGUUAAUGAAAUUAUUUUCUUCUCAGAUGGUGCUGCCCGUCAAUUUAAGAAUCGUUAUGUUAUUCAGCAUUUAACAACCAUGAUGGACAAGUUCGACAUUAAUUUUAGUAGGAACUAUUUUACAUCAUCACAUGGAAAAGGAAUUGUUGAUUCCAUAGGUGGUACCUUAGAACGACUUGUUUGGAUGGAAAUCAUGACUGGUGUAAUUUGCUCAUCUGCUAAAGAAUUUGUUGACAUUUGUCGUCGUAAAACAAGAACAAUUAUUGUUAAUCUUGUACAACAAGCACAAUUUGAUACAACACGUGUAACACUCGAAAAUACUUUUUAA